UCUUUCUUUCCUUUUCUCUACGCUUUGUUUUGUGGCUAUUCAACUGGUUGUUGUUUUAUAUCAUUUAUGCAUAUGCUCUCUCUCUCUCUCUCUCUAGUUCUCCAACCCACUUUCUCUCUCUAGACUUUAUUAUUGAAAUUCGGCAGCUGUUUUGCAAAAUGGUCUGAGAAAGUUUCCAUCUUCGCUGAAAUUUUGCUGCGUCAGGUGACUCGAAAUAAAUCCGUACUCCGUGGCUGAAUUUGCAAGUACCACUCGAAUGGAUUUUACCACACCCCACGCAAUAUUAUGCUCACCAUCUCCAUAAACACACCCACUGCUUCUCCAAAGCAAUAGAUAGAAUGGAUAGGUCAGAUACAUCAGGUUUUGUGAGUGGUGGAGGUAGUUUCCGUAUUUCUCUUGUUCUCUUCAUUUUACUGUAUCGAUUUUCCCACUAGUAUUUAGUAUAGUAUUCUUUCACCACCCGCCCACUUCAUUAUUCCUCAAGAAAUAGUAUAGGUAUUCAAUUACUCAGAUCAAACACGCGAUGUAUUCCUCCAUCAAGAAAACCAAUAUCGGUGAUACUACUCUCCGGUUGGACGGCUUUGGGUAUAGCCAAUCAAUUAGUGGUGCAUGCAAAACCACUCCGGACGAUGGGUGCAAGUUAGUACUCGGACUGGGCCCCACGCCAAGUGCAUAUUCCGACGAAUAUUCCCCUUCUAGAAGCAACAAAGCCAAAGGGCUUUCAUCUCAACGCGAUUCGAUUCUGAAACUCGGUCUCUCUGGAAGUGCAUCGGAUGCAGUCUCGAACGUACUCGAGUUUUCAGCCUCCACACAGGCCCGUUUCGAAGCACCACCUCAUCGUCGAGCGAUACCUGUUCCUGUGGUCGACGAGGGUUCCACGUCAGCAAAGAAAUCGGGCGGUUACAUGAGGAGCCUUAUCAUGGCUCCAAGAAUGGAGACCAGCCAGAUCUUCUCCCUCUCUCAGAUGAGCACCGAACAACCCUCAGCAGUGUCGAGCUACUCCAUGAGUGCCAUAUCCGAGCCGGAAAGUGCUGCAGUGUCGUCGGAUCAAAGAGGUGGCACCACCAAGAAAUGCAAGUUCGAUGGAUGUGUAAAAGGGGCAAGAGGGGCGACGGGGCUAUGUAUCGGGCAUGGGGGAGGACAAAGAUGUCAGAAGCCAGGUUGUAGUAAAGGGGCGGAAAGCCGAACAGCUUACUGCAAAGCACACGGAGGAGGGAGGAGGUGCGAGGAGCUCGGGUGCACGAAAAGUGCCGAGGGCAAAACGGACCAUUGCAUAGCCCACGGCGGUGGCAAACGGUGCGGGUACGCAGGAGGGUGCACGAAAGCCGCGCGCGGACGAUCAGGGCUCUGCAUCAAGCACGGCGGGGGGAAGAGGUGCAAGGUGGAGGGGUGCGCGCGGAGCGCGGAGGGGCAAAUCGGUCUUUGCAUCUCCCACGGCGGGGGGCGGCGGUGCCAGUUCUUGGGGUGCGUGAAGGGUGCGCAAGGGAGCACCAUGUUUUGUAAAGCGCAUGGUGGUGGGAAAAGAUGUAUAUUCACCGGGUGCACGAAGGGGGCGGAGGGGAGCACCCCCCUCUGCAAGGGGCACGGGGGCGGGAAAAGAUGCCUAUUUGACGGGGGCGGGAUAUGCCCCAAGAGCGUUCAUGGUGGCACGAGCUUCUGCGUGGCCCACGGCGGUGGGAAAAGAUGUUCUGUACCGGACUGUACGAAAAGCGCGCGUGGAAGAACAGAUUGCUGUGUGAAACACGGUGGUGGGAAAAGAUGCAGAUCGGAGAACUGUGGAAAGAGUGCUCAAGGCAGUACCGACUUCUGCAAGGCGCACGGCGGUGGGAAGAGGUGCAAUUGGGGCGGUGAAGGGAAGUGUGAGAAGUUCGCGAGGGGGAAGAGCGGGUUGUGCGCCGCGCAUAGCACGAUGGUUUCGGGACGGGAGGUGAAACGGUCAGGAAUGAUCGGGCCGGGCCUGUUCCACGGGCUGGUGCCAGCUGGAGUGUGCUCGAGCAGCUACGAGAAUAACACUUGCUCGUCUUCGAGUGUGACUGUGAUAUCGGAUUCGAUAGGGUCGGUCGAGAGGCAGGCGAAGAGGCAGCGGCUAAUGAUUCCUCCUCAAGUGUUGGUUCCUUUGUCGAUGAAGGGCUCUUCGUCUUCUAGUUACUCGAAGCAGUUGGGUUCGGAGAAGGGGGUUGAGUUUGUUGUACCUGAGGGUAGAGUGCAUGGUGGUGGACUACUUUCAUUGCUAGGUGGAGAUCUCAAUAAAGCAAUAAAUGGGAUUUGAAUUAUAUAUAUAUAGUAAGUGGCUGUUAUGAACUUAUUAUUGUAAGUUAUUAUUGUUACCCACAGCAUGCAUUGCAUAUAUACAUAUAUAUUUUGUGGUUUUGUAUUAAUGGAUUUUGUUGAUGCAUGAGUUUCUUGCUGUUGAAACUUGUGUAGGUUCUUUGCAGAACGUUCAGAAUGUUUGCCAUUUGAAUGUUCAAUAAAAGUUUGUAGUUUUUUGUACUUGUUA